GAAUCGCUCCUUCAACUCCGCGGGGCCCGAGUUAGUUAGCCAAGAGCCGAGGCUGGGCGCGCGACCCCGCUGCUCCUGCCCCCGGCCGCACGCUUGGCGCACAUCUCGCUCUCUGCAUGGUGGAUAUUAUUUUUCAUUAUCCUUUCCUGGGUGCUAUGGGGGAUCAUUCCAAGAAGAAGCCCGGGACGGCCAUGUGCGUGGGCUGCGGGAGCCAGAUCCACGACCAGUUCAUCCUCCGGGUGUCGCCCGACCUCGAGUGGCACGCCGCCUGCCUCAAGUGCGCCGAGUGCAGCCAGUACCUGGACGAGACGUGCACGUGCUUCGUGAGAGACGGGAAGACCUACUGCAAGCGGGACUACGUCAGGCUGUUCGGCAUCAAGUGCGCCCAGUGCCAGGUGGGCUUCAGCAGCAGCGACCUGGUGAUGCGGGCGCGGGACAGCGUGUACCACAUCGAGUGCUUCCGCUGCUCCGUGUGCAGCCGCCAGCUGCUCCCGGGAGACGAGUUCUCGCUGCGGGAGCACGAGCUGCUCUGCCGAGCCGACCACGGCCUCCUGCUGGAGCGCGCCGCGGCCGGCAGCCCGCGCAGCCCCGGCCCGCUCCCCGGCGCCCGCGGCCUGCAUCUGCCAGACGCCGGCUCGGGCCGGCCGCCCUCGCUGCGCACCCACGUGCACAAGCAGGCGGAGAAGACGACCCGGGUGCGCACCGUGCUCAACGAGAAGCAGCUGCACACCCUGCGGACGUGCUACGCCGCCAACCCGCGGCCCGACGCGCUCAUGAAGGAGCAGCUGGUGGAGAUGACCGGCCUGAGCCCGCGGGUCAUCCGCGUGUGGUUCCAGAACAAGCGCUGCAAGGACAAGAAGAAGUCCAUCCUCAUGAAGCAGCUCCAGCAGCAGCAGCACAGCGACAAGGCGAGCCUCCAGGGACUGACUGGGACGCCCCUGGUGGCGGGCAGCCCCAUCCGCCACGAGAGCGCGGUGCAGGGCAGCGCGGUCGAGGUGCAGACGUACCAGCCGCCCUGGAAGGCCCUCAGCGAGUUCGCGCUGCAGAGCGACCUGGACCAACCCGCCUUUCAGCAGCUGGUCUCCUUCUCCGAGUCCGGCUCCCUAGGCAACUCCUCGGGCAGCGACGUGACGUCCCUGUCGUCGCAGCUCCCGGACACCCCCAACAGUAUGGUGCCGAGCCCCGUGGAGACGUGAGCGAGGACCCCUCCCCGCCAGCCCGCGGACCUCGCAUGCUCCCUGCAUGAGACUCACCCACGCUCAGGCCGUUCCGGCUCCGAGAGCCCUCCGGCCCCCGGGAUCGUUGUUGGAGCGGCGGCGGCGACGGCGACGGCGGCCAGCAGCGCGGGGACGCGGCCCGCCCCCCGGGCCCGGGCGCCCUGCCGAGGGCUCUCCUGCCUUUCUGUAACUAGCAUCGGGGAGUUCCCGGGUUCGCCGCGCCUCGCCCCGCGCCGCGGGGGACCGGCCUCCCCGCGGGGCCUUUCCGUGCGGGCUCCCGCCCCGACCUCGCCCGCGCUCCCCGAGGCGCUGCACCGGCCCCGCCGGCGAGGACGCGACGGCCCCAGGGACCAGGCGCAACCCCCACAGCGCAUGACCGCCGGACAGGGUAGAAACCGGACUCAAACAUGUCUUAAGUUAUCAGUCGACGGAGGACAGUGAGAGCCUUUGCCGAGCAAACGUAAGUUAUUGUUAUUUAUUGUGAAGCGAACAG